GCAAAACAAAUUUACUAUAAGUAACAAGGACUUGGCCCGGUGUUUGUACAUAUCAAAUAUCAAAAUUCACUUACGUUCGGCUGUUCAAGAUGACUUCAGUUCGUCUUCCUUUUUCCAUUCUUACUCUUCUUAUCUCCCUCAUUCUCUCUCUUGCAGCAGCUGCCCCAUCUCCGGUUGUCAAACGCGGCGUCAAACUUGAUGGCGAGCCCAGUGAGAUGGGAAAGGGCACCUACCCGCGCGCAACCUAUAUCGAAGACAAAUCCUUGCUCGGAUGCUUUAGAGGACUCCACGACGACAAAGUCACACUGGAGACAGUCAGGUCGACUGACAAGGGCAAGACCUGGAGCCCCGUGGGCACUAUCAUCAGCGAGGUGGAAAAAACGCACGGGUUGAACAACUGCUAUCUCCACCAACUGCCAAAAUCAGACAGGAUCCUGGCGGCUUUCCGGAACCCCGAGCGCGACCCGAAGACGAACAAAUAUACCAAGUAUAUCAUGUCGGUCUACUUCUCCGACGACCAAGGAAAGAAAUGGGAGCCUCUCAGCACGGUUGCGACCACCACUACCCGUGGGCUGGGCGUCUGGGAACCAUUCAUGAUGGACGGUCUCAACGGCGACUUGAUGUUGUUUUUCUCGAGAGAAACUCGCACGGAUGGGAAGGACCAGAACAGCAUCCUCGUUCGUUCUACUGACGGAGGCAAGACUUGGGGCAAGGAAGAGACCAUUUCGGGUGGGGACAUCCAGAAACGCGAUGGAAUGCUGGGCGUCGCUCGGCUGGCACCUGAUUCCGAAAAGAUGAUUGCGGUCUUUGAGAGCCUGACCCCAAACACUGGAAUCACUUCUAUCACGUCCUCUGACGAUGGAAAAACCUGGAGUAAUGACCGCAAGAUUGUGUACAAGGGCACCAACGGACCUCCCAGCGAGUCAGCCCCUCAGGUUGUCCGCAUCGGCAAGACUCUUGUCGCCAGCUUCUCGACCUGGGAAGACGACCGGGAGGCUGGCAAGUCCAAGCCACCAAAUGUUAAGAUCGUUACCAGCAGAGAUCAGGGAGCUACCUGGGGCGAAAAGACACUGAUCCACAAGAACUGUCACUGGGCUGGAGAAGUCGCCAUUGACGACACGAGCUUGCUCGUUAUGUGCGAUUACAACAAUGGGACGGCCAUCGCACAGCGCGUGAGCAUUGCGUGAGCGUGAGACCGGAUAAAAAGGAAAAAGUUAUUUAGUAAAUCUAUUCCGUUACUUUGAUGUCCGACUUGAUAUCGAGUAUAUACUAUAAAUAUAUAGAUGCGUAAAGCAGAUUCUCGGGAAAGCGCGGCUAUUGCAGCAUUUGCCGAUCCGUUCAAUAGCCGAUCUCCAAUACAAUUUAUUAAGGUUGCCUC